UUUGCGCUGCACACUCCGUUUUUUUUCGGCUGGCCAAAACAAUUCAAUGUUUCAUCACGUCUGUGCUUUUUAACAGUACGUUGUUGUGUUGAAAGACCUAUUCUGUUAACAUUUUUGACAGUCUCAGUGUUUUCUUCUUAUUUUCCAGAAUGUUAUUUGUAAAGGUGUAACGUACGGAGAGCUUGUACAUGUUUAGAGUCUAUAAACACAACUUGCCAACCAACACACAGGACUAGCUAGCUCCAGGUUAUGGUCCAGUGUUAUAGCUUUAGUCGGAUAAAAGUUAACACAUGACACAUUAUACGUAUUUAUGACCCAGAGAGAUGGCACCAAGCAAACGGAUUCUGAAGAAACCGCUGAAGGUGGAUUGUGAAUGGAGUUCGUGCCAGGAGUCCUUCAGUCGGAUGGACAACUUCUGCAGGCACGCGGAGAGUCACCUGAGUGCUCUGGACGAGGAGCAGCAAGAAGAGAAAAUAGAAGGAGAAAGAGACUGGCCUCUGGCAGAGAUUGCUGGUUCUCUGUUUCUGUGGAGGGUCCUGAGGAGAUGCGGCGACAUCUCUUCUUUCACUGUUACCACACAAAACUGAAGCAGUUGGGUCAGCAGGUGCUUAACACCCGGCCAAAAAUCGGCACCUGCUCCAUCGGCUUCCAGAACUGCAACAUCAUCCCUGAAAUCCCAGACAAUUUCAUCUGUCUUUGGGAGGAAUGUGAGCAACCACCAUAUGAAAACCCAGAGUGGUUCUAUCGCCACGUGGAGAUGCACAGCCAGUGUAUAGAAAUACCAGCAGGAGAAUAUGAAUUUCCAAUACGAUGUGGAUGGAAAGACUGUGAAGCCACGACUAAAGGGCGUGCUAAGCUCCGGGAGCACCUGCGCAGCCACACUCAGGAGAAGCUGGUGGCGUGUCCCGGCUGCGGGGGGAUGUAUGCAAACAACACCAAGUUCUUUGACCACAUCAUACGACAGAGUGCCAUGGAAGGUCAGAGGUUCCAGUGUUCUCACUGUUCCAAACGUUUUGCAACAGAAAGACUUCUGAGAGAUCACAUGAGGACCCACGUGAGCCACUACAAAUGCCCGCUGUGUGACAUGACUUGUCCGACUCCCUCCGCUCUGCGCAACCACAUAAAGUUCCGUCACAGUAACGAGAGGCCGUACAGCUGUGAAUACUGCGAGUACAGCUGCAAGAAUCUGGUAGACUUGCGCAAACACCUGGACACCCACAGCAGCGAGCCGGCAUUUCACUGCGAUGUUCCCGGCUGUGGCUUCACUUCCCGAAGCUUCAUCACCAUGAAGAUCCACCACAAAAAGGAGCAUGAGGUGAAAAAUAGUCGUUAUUUAUACUCAGCGAUAUACACCCUAUUACACUCUUUUCAUGGCUUCAUGUCUGCUGACUUCGCAGGAAUAAUGCCGGACAGCGAUAUGACUUCAGAUUAG